UCUCUUCUGCGCCUGCGCGGUGCCGUCGCUUCCGGUUGGCCGCCAUGAGGGACCGGACGCGGGAACUCCACCAGGAUUCGGACUCGGAGUCGGAGGGGGGGGAGGGGCGGGAGAGGCUCCGCCCCCCCGGGGACCCCGCCCUCAACCAGGCCCAGGGGGUGCGGGCGGGGCUGCGGGCGCUGGAGCUGAAGGCGGCGGCGCUGGAGCAGCUCCAGGAGAGGGCGCUGGCCACGCCCCUCCCCCCACCCGAGCUCCAGCAGGAUCUGCAGCGACUCCGGGACGAGAUCCAGGAACUGACGCGGGAAAUCCGGGGGGGGCUGCGAGGGCUGGAACCGGCCAAGGAAGAUGAGGAAAACCCAAAUUCCUUCGGAGCCCGAGUGCGGCGCACCCAGCACGGGGUCCUGGCCCAGCACUUUUGGGGGGUCACCGGACGCCUCCAGGCCGCCCAAGCUCGGUACCGGCAGCGCAGCCUCGACCGGAUCCGGCGGCAGCUCCACAUCGCCGGGAGCCCUCCGGUGUCGGAGGAGGAGCUGGAGCAGAUGUUGGAGUCGGGACAGAGCGAAAUCUUCGUCAGCAACGUUUUGGGCUCGGCUCGCGCCGCCAGGGCGGCUCUGGACGAGGUCGGGGAGCGGCACCGGGACCUGCAGAGGCUGGAGAGGGGCCUGAGGGAACUGGGGGAGCUUUUCCAGCUCCUGGGGGGCACCGUGGAGGCCCAGGGGGAGCUGAUUGACCGCAUCGAGCGCCACGUGCAGGACUCGGGGGCGCGGCUGGAAAAGGGGCGGGGCCACCUCAGGCAGGCGGGGAGGAGCCAGCGGGGGGCGCGCAAGAAGCGCUUGGCCUUCGCCGCCUGCGUCUCCGUCACGAUUCUCGUCGUUAUCGCGAUAGUCGCCGCCUCCGUGGCCGCCGGGUAGCGAUCCGCGCUUCCCAUUGGCUGAUCCGGCUGUCAAUCAAUGCAAACCCCGCCCUCCGGAGCUUCUGAUUGGCUGGCGGGGGAUUCCCGCCCGCGCGCGAUUGUGAUUGGUCGGUUCUGCUGUCAAUCAUUGAGCCACGCUCCCACGGACCAGCUGUCAAUCAUCCAGCAGCGCUCCCACGUGGGUCAGCUGUCAAUCAUCAAGCCACGCCCUUCCGCGGUUCUGAUUGGCUGGCGGUGACGUCACCGAGUAAAGCACUUUGAGCCACUUCAAAAACGCCGAAAAAGCCCCAAAAAAAGCGCGGGAAAAAUUCCAAAAAAAUCCCAAAAAUUCCCAAAAGGGGCGGGGUUCUCUCCUGGAAUUCCCGAAUCUCAGAAGUGGACGAAAAUCCCGGGAAUUUUACCCAAAAUUAAAUCUAAAAUUACUUC